UUAACGGUUGGUGAGGAGUUGCCCGUUCUUCCAAAGUUUUGGAAAUGUUUUCCGAAGUUGACGUUACACAGCAACGGAGAUUUUGGAGCCCGUGUUCGCGUUUAAAAACUUUGAAACGUCGUCCAUAGUUUCUCCUGGAAUAUUACCACACACGUAAGAUGUUCUUGUGGUGCAGAAACGCCGCUGCUGUUGAUAAUAGAUGCUGAGGAAAAUGUUUCCAUCGCGGAUUUUAACAGUGGCACCAUCCAGAAACAAUGCUGCCCGUUAGCUAGCGGCUCUGCCCGGUAAGGGUGGCAGACCAAUUUACGAAUGCUUCUGGUACACAUUGUCGCGAAGACGGUCACGCUAUGGUCAUGCAUUUUGAAUAUCCAAGUGUCAUGUUUGUUUACACAUCGUCUAUGUGUCCGUCGGUGUCACAAUGUAACCCGGCGUGAUGCCGGCGUGUUGGAGACCAGCGCUGGACAGCCGUGUUGUGACGGUACAGCUCAGGGUGCAACAUGGCACACAAUGUUACCACCUCCUCCUUUCUCGGGGAUACAGGAGAGGCUCUCCAGUAUCCAUGUAAUGCAACAUGACCGCGAUUGGAAAUCACCACAGUUGACACUGCUUCAGAUGGAUGGUACAAUGGAAAUCAGUGGGCCCAUGUUCUUUUCUGCAGAGCGCCUGCUCUCUUCUUCAGCUGCUGCUGGUCCAUGGGGUCACUCCUUUUUCACUACGUUUACCUACAUGUCAAAGGUCUUUCACCUCCGGAGAAGCAGAAGCACACUCACCAGAUACAACCCGGGCCACGCUCUGCCUCAGGUUCAGAGUGUGGCACCUCCGUCUGCAUUCGGGGUCAAAUUUUACAAGUGUGCAAAGGUGAAAGCUGACACUGAUCCUCCUCAGCUGACAUUCUUCUUGUUGAUACACAACAUGGGCCCAGUGGGUGGCACAAACCUGUCCCAGGUGGCUAUCCGUGACUCCAUUUCUGGUGUAGUGCCCUUAAAAAGUGAAGGCAAGGUGGUGGAGAGAGGCUACCAAACGUUUGCUAUUGAUUCACUGUCUGCUGGAGCCCAAGUUGUUGUCAAUUAUACUGCUCACAUAAGGAGUCAUAAAAAUGAAGUCCUGGACCUUCCAGCUUUUCUCACCUUCUCUAAUGCCUCACAGAAUGAUGUCAGCAUGUUUGGUCCACUGACAGCUAAUCUAACCUUGAGGGUGAAUUCCACUGACAGAAUUUAUCCUAACCAUGGGGUCCAUUUUGCUGGAUUUGUUGUGGGCUUCUUUGUCACACUGGUACUGCUGUCACUAGGUUUUCUGGCCAUGAAUCUGAUAGGUCCCAGAACCAGGCUGAGCCUUCUUCAGCAAAGGAGAAACAGAAGUGAUUCAGACCCUGAAUAUGCAGACUCCAAUAUGAGUGAGACGGUAAAAGAUGAGGCAUCAUUUGAAGAUAAGAUGGUAGACACCAUGGUGCUUGAAGACCCCCAGAACAUGUACCAGGCUUUGGAGAACCUUGAAAUGUCUACACUGCUGCGUGCCACCAAUAACCUGGAGGCCACCCGGAUUCAGAUCUACAAGGAUGUAAUGUCCUCCCUGCUGGGUGGUCUUCGGUCCCGGGGCCAGGCCAGUGCCCAGGCCCAGCAGAGACUGCUCAGUGUGCUCCAUGGUCAGCUGCUUGGCAUGGAGGGUCGGCUGAAGGAGGAGAGAGGGGCCCGCAUGGCUGCUCUGGCUGGCCAGUGUAAUCUGGAGACUCGGGAAGAAAUGGAGGCAGAGCACCGCAGAGAGGCUGCUGAGAAGGCCCAUGCCGAGCUGCUGUGUCAACAUGCAGACCAACAGGAGCUCCUCCAAUGCAGCGUCCUCCUGGAGAAGCUGCACAAGAUGAGCCAGAGUCAGCUCCAGCGCAUCCUGUUGGUCCGACAUGAAGAAGCCUCGGCGAAAGUCCAGCGGGAGAUCAUCGAGUGGCGCCGGGUGGAGCUGCAUAAGAUUUUCUCCGAGGAGCUGGAGGAGGCCACCAGAAUGGGCGAGUUGGAGAAGAGCACAGCCAAGAGUCUUCAGCAUGAUUACUUUGCCUGUCAAGAUCAGCUGGAGGAGGUGCUAGAUGUGGUCCUCGCUAACCAGCGCUACGUGCUCGCUGAACGACAUGCACAGAGGAAGUUCUUGGUGCACAGCCUUCACAGCCUCAACAGCCUGAUCUCUGACACCUUCUCUAGCACCUCCAGCAAUUUGGACAGCUGGUUCACUCACAUCAGGAGAGGGAGCAGUUUGCCUGCAGAGCAGAUUGACCAGAUACAGGAGACUGCCCAGAAAGAGCUAGUGAUGGUGAGGCAGAGACUGGACGAGGCACUGAGCCAAGAGAGGCGAGCCAUGCGCUGUGGACUGAUUAAGAAGAGGCGGGAGCUGAUCUCAGACAUGCUGAAUGUCCACAAACAGAGACAGAAGGAUCUGUCAGGUCUGUCCAAGGCUUUGGAGGGAGGGUUUGAUGUAGGCCAGCACCUGCACCGCUGGCAGAAUUUAUUAACAGCUCACAGUUUGGAGCUCGCAGAGCUCAUCAACAACCUUGAUGAGGAGGCUACUGCAGACAUCCGCAAGGUGACCAUGCGUGUGAUCCAGGGUGCCGUAACAGAAGUCAGAGGCAUCCAGCCCUCUGCAACCCAGGCCCUGCUAUCACUCAUGCCACCAGGAGCACCACAUUCCCUGCUCCAGGAAGAAACAGAGGCAGGACAAGCCCAGGGACAAGGAGCAAGCACUCUCCUGCAGGGUCAGGAAAAGUUGCACCAGGAAGGAAAGGCGGCCUUACGCACGCUGAGCUGCACCAGGGAGGCUCUGCGAGACGCGAUGGAGAAGGAGCUGCUGGAACAGAGGGAAGUCAGGGUACAAUGCAGGGCUUUCUUCAGUUGUUUGUGUUCAUCCCAGUUGACUCUGUGUGAAGACGACCGGCUCAGGAUGAAACUAGAGUUUCAGAAGUUUCUGUCUGUGAUGGACCACUGCUUGGUUCUGCCUCGCGCUGUCUCCAGAUCCAAACUCCACACCGCUCUGGCAGCUUGGAGAAAGGAGAGCGAGCAACAGAUGACGAAUAUGCAAUCCAAGGGGAAAACCAGUGAGGCCAGACUGAAAACCGACACAUCCGACCUGCUGCUUUUCCAGAAACGGCUCCAGGACAGAAUCCAACUGUUUGAAAAGGAGAAAGAGAUGGAGAGCGUUGUGAUGAACAAAGUGAUGGAGGAGAUGCAGAGGGAGAGAGAGGAGAAUCUGCACUCUCAGGCCGACAACCUGGCCAUGCAAAUGGCCACCAUCCACUACCAGAAGGCUGAUAGGAGGACCAAAGUGUUGGAGACCUCCAGAGCAAUGCUCACUCUGCAAAGCCUGCUCAUUCAGCAGCUUAGGGAAAGAAAGAGCCUGGAGAGACAAGACAUGGCCCAGAGUAUACAGUGCCACUGCCUGGGCUUAGAGGAGGCAGAACAACAACUCCAGAAAGAGAGGACUGAGUUGGACGGCCUGCAGAUAGCUCAGUCCAAAGACAGGUCAAAUCCAAUGCAGAUAGAUGACUCUGAUGAGGAGGAAAUCGAGGAGGAGAGGCUGUUUCUGGUUCAGCAGGAUUGCAGGAUGAUGUCCAUCCUCCAGGAGGCACUCUACAAGCGUGAAGAGGUUGUCACCUGGUCAGCUGCGAGGUUGCAAGAAAUGACUGCCAACAAUCAAGCCAUGGAAGAUUUAAAAGAACAAAUGGGGCUCAAGAGACUUUGUGCAACCUGUGACCAGGAUGUGGAAUUUGCAUCUCGGCUGGUGAAGCAGAGUCAGGUGUCUGCAGAGGUUCUCCUGGAGGCUCUGCGUCUCCUCCUCCCCACCCUGCCUGAGAGUGAACUCCUGUCCAUCACUGAUGCCCUCUGCCCCAAACAGCACACUGUGUCAUCAUCUGCGGAGCAAGAACACUCAGGGUGUGCUACGGGGUUGAACAGACAUCUUCCUGUCAGACUAAGAGAGGACGUGGUGCAGAAAAAUACGCAGAACACGUCAAGCUGCACUGUGGAAAGAGAGAGACUCCAGGAAAAGAGGCAAACUCUGAUGGAAAAACUGCUCCCCAGAUCCCGUCUCCCGCUUCCAAGAGAUGUAGCACCACUGCUGGUCGCAGAGAAAGGAAAAGAGGACAGUUUAAGUGAAGCACAGCGGCCUAUUUAUAAACCAAGCACAGCCACACAGCAGCCCAGUGAUGCUGCAGAAGAAAAGGUUGAGAAGACAAUGAAUGAAACGUUACGCAGCACAGCAGAGGAGUACGUGACGCUGGCCUCUGCCGGCACUGAACUGAACAUCCCUGCUGCUGGAGAGAGGUUGUUUGUGUUUCGAGAGCCCCCUGAAUCCUGCGAGCACGUGGACGCUCCCAAGAGAAAAAGGAAAAGGAACUUCCUCAAUCUGAAGAGGGCUUCAGUGGCUCCAACAAACCUACCUUGAAACAGUUUCUGGUGCAAGGUUGUUUUUUUUUUAUAUAUAUGAUGGUACUUUCUAAUGAUAUAUGCUAAAAAUCCAUAAUAAACCAGUAGUGUUGUUCUGUAUCCUCUGUGCCUUUAAAUGUGUGUAGCAUCUGGCUUUGUGUUUAAGUAAAGGCAGCUGACUUGUU